AAAAAAAAGGCUCUAAAACUUAAUUCAAACCAAGACCACACCCUUUAGCAAACAGAAUGGAAAGAGAUGAGUGCCUCUGCUUGGUCUGCUCUGGCAAUCUCCUCUCCCUCAUUUGCCACUACCGGUGGUUGUUUUCACAGCCAGACCCGCCCCAGUAAAUGCACAGUCACCUUCUCCAGGCCUUUUACAUCAACUCCUCACUACCCAUUUUCAUUGAGAGUUACAAAUGAAUCUAACAGAACAGAACUGUCACCUGAUCCUGAGAUUGAAAUGUCAGAAGCUGACAAGAUUGUUGAUGGUAUGGACUUUGGAGAGCUUUGCAAUGAGUUUGAGUGUAUUAGUAGCCCUUUGGUUGAAUCCACAGCCAGACAACUUGCCAGGGAUAUUCUUGAACUCCGCCAAGGCAAUCGUGCACUGGGAACCUAUGCCGUUUCUGUCAAAUACAAGGAUCCGCUCAGGAGUUUUACUGGUCGUGACAAAUACAAGAGACCUUUAUGGAUAACUGGUGCACUAGACAACCCUUCUGUGAGUGUUCAAGAAAUGGUGAUGUUGUCUACCAGUGUCCUGAGCAUCAAGUGGACAAUAAAAGGGAAGCCUAAAUCUCUUGUGGCUGAUAUAGGUGGAGACUUGAUACUAAAAGUGAACUCCAGGUUCACUUUGAACCAGAUUAGUGGCCAAGUGAUUGAGCAUGAAGAGUUGUGGGAUUUAUCAGCUUCAUCACCUAUAGCUCAGGCAUUCUUCUGGGCAUCACGGCGUUUGUUCGCUACGAUUGAGACUGGAAAAGAUUUGGCUGAUCUUCUCAAGAACUUGUCAAGACGUCUCCCAACCCAGAAGGAGAACUUAGAGAUUUAUCCUGACCCUUCUGGUGAUCCAACAAAGUUUUUCCAACGGGACGAAGGCUUCCAAAGAGAUGCAUAUCAGAUUGCACUAUUUCUUGCAGUACUCUAUUUUGUUGUACAGUUCCUAAAGACAACCUUGUAAAACCUGUCCUUUCCUGUCCUGCCCAUAUUCUGCAAUUCAUCUGUUAUUAUAGUUAACAUUGCUAUCAUCUUAUACUGUAUAUGUGACUUUAAUGCAGAAUAACCACAUUACAACUUCUUA